AUGUCCAACCCACUAGUCUCCCACAUCUACACAGCCGACCCCUCCGCCCACGUCUUCAACAACAAACUCUACAUCUACCCCAGCCACGACCGCGAAACAACAAUCCCCUUCAACGACAAUGGCGACCAAUACGACAUGGCCGACUACCACGUCCUCUCCAUGGCCACAAUCACCAGCCCCGUAACCGACCACGGCGUCGUCCUCCGCGACAAAGAUAUCCCCUGGGUCUCAAAGCAACUCUGGGCACCCGAUGCCGCAACAAAAAAUAAUAAAUUCUACCUCUUCUUCCCGGCCCGUGAUCAAAAGGGUAUCUUCCGGAUCGGUGUUGCUGUCGCUGAUGCACCUGAAGGUCCGUUUGUCCCGCAGCAGGAUUAUAUCCAGGGGACGUAUAGUAUCGAUCCCGCUGUUUUUGUUGAUGUGAAUGCUGGUGGGGAGGCGUAUUUAUAUGUUGGUGGGAUUUGGGGUGGACAGUUGCAGUGUUGGGUUGAAGGAAAGGAGGAAGAUGGAGACGGGGAAUGGGUCGAUGGCGAUGAAGGUGGUGUUGACGGACGGAAGAAGAGACUUGUCUUCGAUGAGAGCUUGUCUGGACCACAUGAGCCUGCUGGAGAGGGUGUUCGUGCGCUUUGUCCGCGUGUUGCGAUGUUGACGGAUGAUAUGCUUUCGUUGGCGUCGGGGGUUAAGGAGGUUGUGAUUCUUGCGCCGGAGACCGGGGAGCCUUUGUUGGCGGAUGAUCAUGAGAGGAGGUUCUUUGAGGCUGCUUGGGUGCAUCGGUAUCAAGGGACUUAUUAUUUCUCUUACUCGACUGGUGAUACGCAUUUCUUGGCUUAUGCUACGGGGUCUUCACCUUGGGGUCCGUUUACCUAUCGGGGACGGAUUUUGGAUCCGGUGCUUGGGUGGACGACGCAUCAUUCCAUUGUCGAGUUCCAGGGGAAGUGGUACUUGUUUUAUCAUGACUGUGAGCUUUCGGAGGGCGUUGAUCAUUUGAGAUCGGUGAAAGUGAGGGAGAUUGUUUAUGAUGAUGAAGGGGCUAUUCAUUUGGCGGAGGAACAGACUCCUGUCAAAUAG